GGCGUUUUCUACGCAUGCGCGCAGAAGGGAGGCGGGGCUACGGAAGCCGGGAAUCGGCGGAGAAGAUGAAGAGAAAGAGGACGAAGGCGGGCGGCGUGUGAGGAGGCGCGGAGGGAGAGAAAGCAGGUGAUUUUCCAUCUUUUUCCCGGAGUUUUUUGAGAAUUGUGUCCUGCUGCGAAGUGCCCCUGAUGCUGGACUCUGCUGCAGCCCUGCUGAGGCUUCCCGGGAUGGCAGCAAGUUGAUGGGUGGCUGAGGAUGACAUUGACUGACAGGCUGCGGGAGAAGAUAUCCGGGGCCUUCCACAAGCAUGGGCUGCUCUGCGCUUCCUUCCCCAUCCCCAUCAUCCUCUUCACAGGACUCUGUGUCUUGGCCUGCUGCUAUCCAUUGCUGAAACUCCCAUUGCCGGGGACGGGGCCUGUGGAGUAUACCACCCCUGCCAAGGACUACGUGCCGCCUCCUGCCUUCUCUACACACCAGCAAGGAGAGCCCAACGAGAGGCCCGACUGGUACACUGGUGCCCCUGUGGCCUACAUCCAGCAGGUCCUGGUGAAAGCCACGGUCUCUCCUUGGCCCACAACAUUCCUGGCAGUGGAUGUGUUUCGGUCUCCGCUUUCCCGGGUCUUCCAGCUGGUGGAAGAAAUCAGGAAUCACGCCCUGCAAGACGGCUUCAGCGUCAAAAGCUUGGAAGAAAUCUGCCUCCAGGUGACAGACCUCCUUCCUAAUUUAAAGAAGCUCCAAGGCCUGCUUCCCGAACAUGGCUGCCUGCUGCUGUCGCCGGGGAAUUUCUGGCAGAAUGACCAGGAGCGCUUCCGGGCCGACCCCGAUAUCAUCAAAACCAUCCACCAGUACGAACCAAAGACCCUACAGACCUCGGCUACCCCCAAAGAUCUGCUCUUCGGAGUCCCAGGGAAGUACAGCGGGGUGAACCUCUAUAACCGGAAGCGCGUGGUCACCUACACCAUCACCCUGGGCCUCCAGCGUUAUGAUUCCAGGUUCCUGUCCAGCCUGCGCUCCCGGCUGAAGGCGCUGCACCCCAGCCCCAACUGCACCCUGCGCGAGGAGCACAUCGUCCACGUCCAUUUCAAGGAGGAGAUCGGCGUUGCUGAGCUGAUCCCCCUCGUCACCACCUACAUCAUCCUCUUCGCUUACAUCUACUUCUCCACACGCAAGAUUGACAUGGUGAAGUCCAAAUGGGGCCUGGCAUUGGCUGCUGUCGUGACGGUUCUCAGCUCCCUGCUCAUGUCCGUCGGUCUGUGCACUCUCUUUGGCCUGACCCCAACGCUCAACGGAGGGGAGAUUUUCCCUUACCUUGUGGUUGUGAUUGGCCUGGAGAACGUGUUGGUUCUCACCAAAUCAGUCGUCUCCACGCCUGUCGACCUGGAAGUGAAGCUGCGGAUUGCACAAGGUUUGAGCAAUGAGAGCUGGUCAAUUAUGAAGAACAUGGCCACGGAGCUGGGGAUUAUCCUGAUUGGUUACUUCACUCUUGUCCCAGCCAUUCAGGAGUUUUGCCUCUUUGCUGUAGUUGGUUUGGUGUCUGACUUCUUCCUCCAGAUGUUCUUUUUCACCACCGUCCUCUCCAUUGACAUUCGACGGAUGGAGCUGGCAGACCUGAACAAGCGGCUCCCGGCCGAAGCCUGUGUGGCCCCCGCCAAGCCCUCAAGCGGCUCCCAGCGCUAUGAACGACAGCCGGCCAUGCGUCCCGCCACCCUCCACACCAUCACCCUCCAGCCCUCCUCCUUCCGGAACCUGCGCCUCCCCAAGCGCCUGCGGGUGAUCUACUUCUUUGCCCGGACACGCCUGGCCCAGAGGCUCAUCAUGACUGGGACCGUGGUCUGGAUCGGGAUCCUGUUUUACACGGAUCCGGCAGGCCUCCGCCCGUACCUGGCCUCGCAGGUGACGGAGCAGAGCCCCCUGGGAGAGAGCGGCCUGCCCGCCCUGCCGGUGCCCGUCCCCGGAGAGGUCCUCCCCACCGGCGGAGACGCCAAGCUCUCCCUCGCCAUCUUCCCUCCGGACCCCGUGCAGCAGCUCUCUGGGAACCGGACGCUGGAGUCCCUGGGUCGGCAGGAGGCCAGUCUCCGGGCCGAGGAGGAGGAAGAGGAGCAGAAGCAGCGGUGGCAGAAGAAGGCAGGCCACGGGCAGCCGGAGCUGGGGCCCAAGGCAGAGGUGACCUGGGGGGCUGAGGAUGAGGAGCUCUGGAGGAGGCUCUCCUUCCGGCACUGGCCUUCCCUCUUCAGCUACUACAACCUCACGCUGGCCAAACGGUACAUCAGCAUCCUACCCGUGAUCCCGGUCACACUGUACCUGGACCCGCAGGAGGCCUUAGAGGCCCGUCAUCCUCACGAGGCCAAUCGCUACCAGACCUUCUUCCCGUUGAGCGGCGGGAAGCCUGAGAAGGUGGAUCCGUUAGCCGAAGGCACGGCCAAAGUGCAGGCGCACCGAGACGUCACUCUUUACAAGGUGGCCGCUUUGGGCCUGGCGUCAGGCAUCCUGCUGGUCCUUCUGCUCUUCUGCCUCUACAAGGUCCUGUGUCCCAAAAACUACGGGCAGAACGGCCUCUCCCACACCCGCCGGAGGAGAGGGGACCUGCCCUGCGACGACUACGGCUACUCCCCUCCCGAGACGGAGAUCAUCCCCUUGGUGCUCAGGGGACACCUCAUGGACAUUGAAUGCCUGGCCAGUGAUGGGAUGCUGCUGGUCAGCUGCUGCUUGGUGGGCCAGAUCCGGGUCUGGGACGCCCAGACGGGCGACUGCCUCACAGUCAUUCCAAAGCAAGGGCUCCGCCGAGACCGCAACGGGGUCUUUGACUACGCGGAUGUUUGGGACCACAGCCCCGAGAGGCCGAGCGGCCCCGAGGAUGCCCUGGAGGGGGUGCGCCUGUGCAAGAGGGCCCGCAGCCCCCCGCAGCCCCCGCUCUUCAGCGACCAGCCGGACCUCUCCUCCCUCAUCGACACCAACUUCCUGGAGCAGGCCAAGGCGGUGGGCCCCGAGCCCCGGCACCGCGCCGUCUGCGGCCGGCAGAGAGAGACGGGCUACGACUUCUGCAGCCUGGUGGAGAAGGCCUGCGAGGAGCAAGGCGCCCCCAACUGCCUCAGCCCCCUGGGCUUCUCGGCCCCCCGCGGACCCCCGGAAGGACGGAGCGGGGCCCCCGGCUGCAGGGCCUUGGAGGAGGAGGAGGAGGAACAGGAGGGACCGUGGGGGCUCCGGAGGAGCAGCCUGGGUGAGGAGCCCUGCCCCGCGGCGGAGAGGGUCCCCGGGCCGCCUUCCUGGGGGGCAGGGGACCUGGAGAGCUCCAUCUGGAGCCUGGAGCUGCAGGGGAACCUCAUCGCGGCCGGACGGAGCAACGGGAGGCUGGAGGUGUGGGACGCCAUUGAGGGCACGCUCCGUUGCAGCACCGAGGACGGCCAGUCCGGCAUCACCUCCCUGGUCUUCCUGAACGGCAGGAUUGUUGCUGCCCGGCUGAACGGCUCCCUGGACUUCUAUUCCUUGAGGACACACUCCUCCCUGGAUCACUCCCAGUUCCGAGGAGCGCCAGGGAGGAGCAGCCUUCCCCCGCCCCCCAUGUACAGCAGUGGCGACCUACUGUCCUGCCAGCUGACCCACACGGUCACCUGCGCCCACCAGAAGCCCAUCACCGCCCUGAAGGCCGCAGCCGGGCGCCUGGUGACGGGCAGCCAGGACCACACUCUCCGGGUCUACCGCUUGGAGGACUCCUGCUGCCUCUUCACGCUGCAGGGCCACUCGGGGGCCAUCACGGCCGUCUACAUUGACCAGACCAUGGCGCUGGCCAGCGGGGGCCAGGACGGGGCCAUCUGCCUGUGGGACGUGCUGACGGGGGCCCGUGUGGGGCACAUGUACGCGCACCGCGGGGACGUCACCUCCCUGACCUGCACCACCUCCUGCGUCAUCAGCAGCGGCCUGGACGACGUCAUCAGCAUCUGGGACCGCAGCUCCGGCAUCAAGCACUACUCCAUCCAGCAGGACAUGGGCUGUGGGGCCAGCCUGGGCGUCAUCUCGGACAACCUGCUGGUGACGGGGGGCCAGGGCUGCGUCUCCUUCUGGGACAUCGGCUACGGGGACCUCCUGCAGACGGUCUACCUGGGCAAGAGCAACGAGGCCCAGCCGGCCCGGCAGAUCCUGGUCCUGGAGAACGCGGCCAUCGUCUGCAACUUCGGCAGCGAGCUCAGCCUGGUCUACGUGCCCUCCGUGCUGGAGAAGCGGGACUAACGCAGAUGGGGAGAGCGGCCGAGGGGCUGGCGAUGGGUCCCUCCCUGGUGCCGCGACUGCCGCCUUCCGGGUCCUUAUCUGACUGAAGCGGAAGAUGGAGGGCGGUGCAGGAAGAGGUGCUAGAGAGGGAGAGCCCACCCUGGGAAGUCCCUCUUGCAGAGGUGCACGGGGGUCGGCCAAGAGGAAAGGAGCCCUCGCCCCUCUGGAGGCUCCUCUUCAUGAUUAUGAAAGAGAGGGGCCAGAGUCGUGUCUGGACAGGAGAUCAGAGGGAGUCCACCCUUGACCCCUAGAGUUGGCAGGUGCCCACCCUCUGGGUCAGGAAGGGCUGCUUUGGCCGGCAUGACCGCCACUGGCUUCAACCCUCCCUCUGCCCAUUGCUACUCUUCCUGCUGGUCACUACAGCUCCAGCCCCAGAUAGUUUUGGGAUGGAUCAUGAGCUCUGCUCUCGGAAGGCUUCUUGAGCCCCUUGUUUCACCAAGGGCCCUCCUGGCAUAAUGGCAGCUGGCUUCAGGCCUCCCUGCUUCUCCUCCUCUGGCCCAUUGCUUCUCUCUCCCCCUCUCUGCUGGUCACGACAGCUCCAGCCCCACAUCCUUUUGGGCAGAUCUUGGGCUGUGCUCUUGGGAAGCUUCCUGAGCCCCUCGAUGCUGCCUGCCUGCCUGCCUGCCUCCAAGGGUGAGCCUAUCCUGCUGCCUGCCGUAUUUAUUUAUGUCCUGUACAUACUUAUUUAUUCUGGCCCAUAAUAAGCUGAGGGAGGGAGAGAGCGAUGGCGGCAGGGGAUUCUGAGGCUGGCCCAACGGUCAAGCUCAAGGGGAGCAGAUGGAGCAGCAAUGAUGGCCCUCCCGGUUCCGUUCAUGGGCCAGUCCUUGCUUGGCAGAUCCCUGUGAUAGACCUCAAGCAAACGACCAUUUGGGGAAGACGGGCAAGGAGGAGCUGAGCAAGAAGAGGCUUCACUUUGGACGUAUUUAAAGCCACAGACUGACCAUCUAGUUUGUGUGUCUUGUUGUUUUUCCGUUUAGGGUCCCUUACUGUAGGGAGUGCAUCAUGUAGCCCACUCAAGAAAGGGCGCUUUGGGCCUAACCUGCUGCAUCCCAUUCUGGCCAAUGGAGCCCCCAUCCCUCCCUCCCUCCCCACUGCUGACCCCUCUGGGCAUUGUCUCCCACAUCAUCCCCCCCCCCCCAAAGCCUCAGGUGGCCUUAGCUCUGCUGUGCCCUUUUUGGACCGUACGGCGGGAGCGGCUUUUGUACCAGAUUGUGUUUUAUAAUGCGGACAGGGACAUUAAACAGAACUAACUUGA